CUUGAAUAUAUAAAGGCCUUCUUUCCAGCUCUUCUGCCGGCUUCCUCUUUCUCUUCACCACUCCAUGAACUUCAUCCUCACCAUCAAAUUUUCAAACGACUAGCCCUAACUUGGUUGUUCCUUGUGCCGAGUGGCCAAUGGGCCACAACCCCCACCGCAACGCGGCCAUGGGGCCAGCCCCAAACAGUGCUCCGGCAGCGGUUAGCACCUUCCCCCGAAGCCCACCACUUUCAGCCUUCCCAGCCGCCUUCCACCUCCCGAGCCGGCUGAGGCCGACUGCCCAGGUGACUCGCACCAAUGCCAUCCGUCGCCCCGCCGCCACACACCUCAAUGACAUUGACAUCAACGGUGACUUGGUCAACAAAGCUCUUGGCCUUACUCCUACCUCCCCUGCCCCUCCCCUUCCUCUCACCUCAAUUCCUCCCAUGAAGACCUCAUCUCUGGACUACUCCACUCUCCCUCUUCCUCCUCUCCCACUUCCACCCACUCCUCCUCCUGCUGCUCCUCUUCUUCCUCUUCUCCCUUUUCCUCGCCCUCCUCGUCGUGCACGGGUCAACUCUAACCGCCACGCCAUGAUCAUCUUGGUCCCUCAAGAACUUCCACAAGAGCUCCGGGACAUCCAACUCGAUGCAUGGAUGACUCGAGAUGAUGACUCGACUUGA